GUGAAGCUUGUAGACAUGUAUGUGUAUUACUGCAUGAUCUUUGCAGAAAAUACAUGUUGCUGUGUGCGACUCACUUUGUUUCCCUCUGCGUCUCAGUCUCUGGUCAUCCCUGAGAAGUUCCAGCACAUUCUUCGUGUCCUGAACACGAACAUUGAUGGCAGGAGGAAGAUCGCCUUCGCCAUUACUGCCAUCAAGGGUGUUGGCAGACGUUACGCUCAUGUUGUCUUGAGGAAAGCCGACAUUGACCUGAACAAGAGGGCCGGAGAGCUGACAGAGGAGGAGGUGAGGACUGUUCAGAGCUUUGAAUGAAAACGGCGAGUUGUGAUGCUUUUGUGUUG